AUGCGGAACAGGGCUCAAUGCAGGCGUACACUGUCGUUCAACGUUCGCCGUGCUGUGCAUACCCUUGGACUUGUCCAGGAGCGGAUGAUGCGUCUGGGGGUGCUGCCUAAGCGGCACGUGCGUGGCAAGAGGGGUGCCACCGUGAUAAUCUCUAACAAGGCAAUGGAGACGGGGCGGCACCACUACGGCUGCAAGGACUUCCCCGGUGUGGCGCUAGAGGAGUUGAAAGAGGGACGUGUGGCAUUACGCUUUUCACUCGACUUUGCGAGGGGCGAGCUGAUGGGCCUGUGGUCUUCUUUCACGGGUGGUCGCUACACACUGACGCCGUCAGUUUUUGAAUAUAUGGAGUACUACCGUGCGAAUAUUGGAUGA